CCCACCCACCUACCCGACCUCAGUUCAAGCCAAGGUGACCGCGCUCCCUCCGCCGUUCGCCGGGGAGCUAAGAUUUGCGCGCUCCGCCGCCCGCUCGCCCGCCGGAGGCGAUGGCGAUGACCGUGCAAGCUGGCUUGGUGGCCUUGCGUGCAUCUUCUCCACCAGCCUUCUCUUCCAACUCGUGGCAUGGCCCUGCAGCAAUGGAGGACCCUUUUUCUUCUGCUCACAGUCUUCAACAAAGGUCCCCUCCAUUGUCAGCCAGAGGUACAGGACUGCCUACCACCUCCAGCCUCCCAAAAACUGGAUCAACGAUCCAUGUGGACCAAUGUACUACAAUGGUAUCUACCAUGAAUUCUACCAAUAUAACCCUGAUGGCUCCUUCAAUCCGAAUACCUCGCUCAACAUAGUUUGGGGCCAUUCGGUCUCAACAGACCUUGUCAACUGGAUCACUCUUGAACCCGCAAUAGAGCCGGAUACCCCAAAUGACAUAAAAGGUUGCUGGUCCGGCUCAGCCACAAUUGUAUCUGGUGAUCAACCGGUCAUUAUAUACACUGGUGUCAUCGACAUAGAGAAGCAUCAGGUCCAAAAUAUUGCGCUUCCCAAAAACCGGUCUGAUCCGUACCUGAGGGAAUGGACCAAAGCAGGCAAUAACCCGGUGAUCCAAUCGGGUGUACCAGGCUUGAACUCGGGGCAGUUCAGGGAUCCGACAACCGGUUGGAUCGGGCCGGAUGGACUAUGGAGAAUAGCUGUUGGUGCUGAGCUGAAUGGCUACGGUGCCGCACUUUUGUACAAGAGUGAAGACUUCUUGAACUGGACUAGAGUUGACCACCCAUUGUAUUCAUCCAAUGGCACCCGUAUGUUUGAGUGCCUGGAUUUCUUUGCGGUACUACCCGGAAGUGACAACGGACUGGAUAUGUCUUCAACAAUCCCAUAUGGCGCCAAGCAUGUUCUCAAAAUGGGCAAUUUCUUUCAAGAUGUGUACAUGAUUGGGGUUUAUGAUCUCAAACGUGAUGCCUUUGUGCCAGAUAUUGUCCUAGAUGAUAGUCGACUAUGGCCAAGGAUCGAUUACGGCAAUUUCUAUGCUUCAAAAACGUUCUUUGACUCGAAACAUGGAAGGCGGAUAAUAUGGGCUUGGACUACCGAGAUGGAUAGUUCUCCAGAUGAUGUUGCAAAAGGCUGGGCAGGAAUCCAUUCAUUCCCUAGGACAAUUUGGUUAGACAAUGAUGGCAAAAGGUUGCUGCAAUGGCCUGUUGAAGAGAUUAAAUCCCUUCGAAGAAAUGAAAUCAACCAUCAUGAACUAGAGCUGAAGAAGGGGGAUCUAUUUGACAUUAAGGGAAUUGACACUUUGCAGGCUGACGUCGAGAUAGAUUUCGAGCUGGCGUCAAUUCAUGAUGCCGACCCUUUUGAUCCUUCCUGGCUUUUUGACACCCAGAAGCAUUGCCGGGAAGCGGAUGCAUCGGUUCAUGGUGGCAUAGGGCCAUUUGGACUUGUUAUGCUGGCCUCCGACAACAUGGAGGAGCACACUGUCGUGCACUUCAGAGUUUACAAGUCACAGAAAAAUUACAUGAUCCUCAUGUGCUCUGAUCUAAGAAGGUCUUCCCUGACACCAGGACUGGACACACCAGCCUACGGUGGCUUCUUUGAAUUUGACCUUGAAAAGGAAAGGAAGAUCUCUCUCCGAACUCUGAUUGAUCGGUCUGCGGUGGAGAGCUUCGGCGGUGGUGGCAGGGUCUGCAUCAUGGCUAGAGUUUACCCGGUGUCACUGGUCGACAACGACCACCAGCCCCUCAUGUAUGCAUUUAACAAUGGCAGUGCCACUGUCAGAGUGCCUCGGCUCAGGGCGUGGAGCAUGAGGAGAGCACAAAUGAGCGUUUAACAUGGAAGAACAAUUCUGAUUUGACACGUGAUUAGAGGACUGUAUUAAAUCUAGUUAUUUGAUGAUUUCAAUAUUUAGCAUGGGUAUUUGAACUAGAGUCAUAAAGUAGACGCCCACGAGCUACGAUUUCAGUUUGCAUAGAUUUGGAAUAAAUAGUACUCCUGCCAGAAUUCCUGAUGGGAAUGCA